AUGCUUGUCACAAGACAAGACCCAGUGAAGACGGAAACAAGAAAUGGUAACUGUAGGCAAAGUAAUGAGGACUUUGUAAGAAAAACUGAAUUAGAAAAGCAUCUGCAAACUGAAGCAGAAGAAAUGCCAUGCAGCUGGCUUAACCAUGGCAACAGUGUAACUGAUCCUCUAAGUGACAGUGGGGAAAGGCAAAAUAAUACCUCACCAAUGUGUAAACAAACACUCAUUAAGCAGGCUUUGCAUAAAGAUGUUAUUAAUGCCAAAGGUUUUACAGAUGGAAAAAACUUAUCACUGAAGAAGAUCAUUCAUACUGAUCAGAAUCAGAAGGUCCAUACAGGCCAGAAACCAUACAGAUAUACCACAUGUGACAAGAAUUUUUUAUACAAAAGCAAUUUGAUGACUCAUCGGGGUCUCCACACUGGGCAAAAGCCAUAUAAAUGUACCACGUGUGACAAGAAUUUUAUGCGGAAGAACCAACUGACACGUCAUCAGAAGAUGCAUACAGAGCAGAAAUCACACAAAUAUGCCACAUGUGACAAGAGUUUUGUAAAACAAAGCAGGAUGGUGCUUUAUCAGAGGGUCCACAGUGGGCAUAAACCACAUAAAUGUACCACGUGUGACAAGAGCUUUAAAUACAAAAGCUUGAUGGUGCUGCAUCAGAGGGUCCACAGUGGGCAAAAACCAUAUAAAUGUACCACAUGUGACAAGAGUUUUGCAUGCAAAAACAAUAUGAUGAUUCAUCAGAGGGUCCACAGUGAGCAAAAACCAUAUAAAUGUACCAUGUGUGACAAGAGUUUUGCACGCAAAAACAGUAUGAUUAUUCAUCAGCGGGUCCACAGUGGGCAAAAACCAUAUAAAUGUACCACAUGUGACAAGAGUUUUGUACAAAAACACAAUGUGACGAUUCAUCAGAGGGUCCACAGUGGGGAGAAACCAUAUAAAUGUACUAUUUGUGACAAGAGUUUUGCAUACAAAAACAGCAUGGUGAAUCAUCAGAAUGCCCACAGUGGGCAGAAGAGAUAUAAAUGCACCAUGUGUGACAAGAGUUUUGUAAGCAAGGCUAAUCUGAUACUUCAUCAAAAUGUACACUCUGGGCAGAAACCAUAUAAAUGCACCAUGUGUGACAAGAGUUUUGCAAUCGAGAAAUACUUGGUGAUACAUAACUAUACCCACACUGGGCAGAAACCAUAUAAAUGCACCAUGUGUGACAAGAGUUUUGCAACCAAGAAAUACUUGGCGAUACAUAACUAUACCCACACUGAACAGAAGCCACAUAAAUGCACCAUCUGUGAUAAGAGUUUUCGACACAAAAGCUAUUUGAAAAGUCAUCUGAAGCUCCAUAGUGGGCAGAAGCCAUAUAAAUGCACCAUGUGUGACAAGAGUUUUGCAACCAAUCAAUACCUGGUGGUACAUAACUAUACCCACACUGGGCAGAAGCCAUAUAAAUGCACCAUGUGUGACAAGAGUUUUGUGCUGAAGAAUAGAUUCAUAGAUCAUCAAAAUAUGCACUUGGGGCAGAAAGCAUAUAAAUGUACCAUUUGUGACAAGAGGUUUGGAUACAAAAGCCGUAUGGUGAUUCAUCAGAGGCUCCACAGUGGGCAAUCGAGAUAUAAAUGCACCAUAUGUGACAAGGGUUUUGUGAGCAAGGCUACUCUGAUACUUCAUCAAAAUUUACACUCUGGGCAGAAACCAUAUAAAUGCACCAUGUGUGACAAGAGUUUUGCAACCAACAAAUACCUGGUGGUACAUAACUAUACCCACACUAAGCAGAAGCCAUAUAAAUGCACCAUGUGUGACAAGAGUUUUGUGCUGAAGAAUAAAUUCAUAGAUCAUCAAAAUAUGCACUUUAGGCAGAAGCCAUAUAAAUGCACCAUGUGUGACAAGAGUUUUGCAACCAAUCAAUACCUGGUGGUACAUAACUAUACCCACACUGGGCAGAAGCCAUAUAAAUGCACCAUGUGUGACAAGAGUUUUGUGCUGAAGAAUAGAUUCAUAGAUCAUCAAAAUAUGCACUUGGGGCAGAAAGCAUAUAAAUGUACCAUUUGUGACAAGAGGUUUGGAUACAAAAGCAGUAUGGUGAUUCAUCAGAGGCUCCACAGUGGGCAAUCGAGAUAUAAAUGCACCAUAUGUGACAAGGGUUUUGUGAGCAAGGCUAAUCUGAUACUUCAUCAAAAUUUACACUCUGGGCAGAAACCAUAUAAAUGCACCAUGUGUGACAAGAGUUUUGCAAUCGAGAAUUACUUGGUGAUACAUAACUAUACCCACACUGGGCAGAAACCAUAUAAAUGCACCAUGUGUGACAAGAGUUUUGCAACCAAGAAAUACUUGGGGAUACAUAACUAUACCCACACUGAACAGAAGCCAUAUAAAUGCACCAUUUGUGAUAAGAGUUUUCGACGCAAAAGCAAUUUGAAUAGUCAUCAGAAGCUCCAUAUUCAUAGUGGGCAGAAGCCAUAUAAAUGCACCAUGUGUGACAAGAGUUUUGUGCUGAAGAAUAAAUUCAUAGAUCAUCAAAAUAUGCACUUUAGGCAGAAGCCAUAUAAAUGCACCAUGUGUGACAAGAGUUUUGCAACCAAUCAAUACCUGGUGGUACAUAACUAUACCCACACUGGGCAGAAGCCAUAUAAAUGCACCAUGUGUGACAAGAGUUUUGUGCUGAAGAAUAGAUUCAUAGAUCAUCAAAAUAUGCACUUGGGGCAGAAAGCAUAUAAAUGUACCAUUUGUGACAAGAGGUUUGGAUACAAAAGCAGUAUGGUGAUUCAUCAGAGGCUCCACAGUGGGCAAUCGAGAUAUAAAUGCACCAUAUGUGACAAGGGUUUUGUGAGCAAGGCUAAUCUGAUACUUCAUCAAAAUUUACACUCUGGGCAGAAACCAUAUAAAUGCACCAUGUGUGACAAGAGUUUUGCAAUCGAGAAUUACUUGGUGAUACAUAACUAUACCCACACUGGGCAGAAACCAUAUAAAUGCACCAUGUGUGACAAGAGUUUUGCAACCAAGAAAUACUUGGGGAUACAUAACUAUACCCACACUGAACAGAAGCCAUAUAAAUGCACCAUUUGUGAUAAGAGUUUUCGACACAAAAGCCAUUUGAAUAGUCAUCAGAAGCUCCAUAGUGGGCAGAAGCCAUAUAAAUGCACCAUGUGUGACAAGAGUUUUGCAAUCCGUCAAUACCUGGUAAAACAUAACUAUACCCACACUGGGCAGAAGCCAUAUAAAUGCACCAUGUGUAACAAGAGUUUUGUGCAGAAGACUAAAUUGGUACAUCAUCAAAAUGUGCACCUUGGGCAGAAAUCAUAGAAAUGUACCAUUUGUGACGAGGUUUGGAUACAAAAGCAGUGUGGUGAUUCAUCAGAGGCUGCACAGUGGACAGAAGACAUAGAAAUGAACCGUAUGUGACAAGAGUUUUGUAAUGAAGAAUCAUUUGAUGAAAGUCAGAAGCUUGAUAAAACAAAUGAACACAGUAAUUAGGACUGUCCAUAGAGAUCCAUGCGAUAUAACAGAAGUAAACAGACUAUAUUACUGUGCUGCUAAAUUAAUAACUGAUAAAGUUCUACCACAGGAACAUAGGGUAGUGAGGGGAAAAUGGGGCAACAGUGAAUACCAUUAUGGAAAUAUUGAAUAGAGAAAACUGUAAAGCAGCUAAGACACGAAGUAUCAUUGUUAGAAGAUUAUAGAAG